AUGGCGAGCGAGCACGCGUCGGGUGAGGGGAAGCAGAAGCAGAGCCUGAUGGACAAGGCGAAGGAGUUCGUAGCAGACAAGAUCGCGCACAUCCCGAAGCCGGAGGCGACGCUGGACGGGGUGACGUUCAAGGGGCUGAGCCGGGAGUGCAUCACGCUGCACAGCACCGUGAACGUGUCCAACCCCUACGACCACCGCCUCCCCAUCUGCGAGGUGACCUACACGCUGCGGUGCGCCGGCAAGGAGGUGGCGUCGGGGACCAUGCCGGACCCCGGGUGGAUCGCCGCCAGCGGCACCACCUCGCUGGAGAUCCCCGCCAAGGUGCCCUACGACUUCCUCGUCUCCCUCGUCCGCGACGUCGGCAGGGACUGGGACCUCGACUACGAGCUCCAGGUCGGGCUCACCGUCGACCUACCCAUCGUUGGGAACUUCACCAUCCCGCUCUCCACCUCCGGCGAGUUCAAGCUCCCGACACUCAAGGACUUGUUCUGA